CCACAGAGGAGCCAGGAGGACAGAGGACGUCCUGACCAUGAGGGUCUUCAUCUGCUUCGAGGGCGCCUGUGAGCAUUUUGAUGUCCGUCCUGAUCAGACCGUGGGGGCCAUGAAGCAGAUGGUAAAGGAACAUCUUCUUGUGCACCUCUCUGAUGACAAACAGGCCCGGCAGUACCUGGAGCUUAUCUAUGGUGGUGCAGCGCUGCAGGACACCUGGGCUCUGUGUGACGUGGGUAUCAGGAGUGGCAGUGCACUCCAGUGCCUCAGAAAGAGUGAACAAAGACCUGUGAUGCGUGUGUUCAAUGCUGUGACAGGAGAGACCUUACAGAUCAUGGGAAGCGAGGCUCUUCUGCACAUAUCUGUUGCUAGAUUCAAAUCUUUGGUCUCGGUGCAGAGCGGCCUCCCUGUCAGCAGCUUCAGACUGAGCACUCCUGCCGGUGUGCAGCUCUAUGACUGCAACCAGCUGCAGGAUUACACCAUUGAAAUAGGCUCUACUCUCCGAUUAGACACAUGGGAUGGAUGGGUAGAGUUCCUCCAGGGUUGCCUCCUGGGUCACAGACUGAGAGUCCAGAGCAACCUAUCAGAGAACAAGCCCGUGAUGAGGUUUCAGCUGCAGGUUGCACUUUACAUCGCUGCCUCUUUAGGCCAUCUGGAUGUUGCAGCCUGGCUGCUGGAGAAGGGGGUGCACCCUGAGGAGCCAGUGGGAGUCCAUCCCUAUCGCCAGUGGUGCCACCAAACCGCCCACAGAGACACAGAAAAGUGUCCCAUCCAUAUCGCUGCAGAGAGCAGUCAAUUCCUCAUCCUCAAACUCUUUGUCGCCAGGAACCCUUCGACCCUGGCAUGUCGGGACGCUGAAGGUCACGACCCUUUAAAGGUUGCUCUUCAGCGGGGUCACAGAGAUUGUGUGCGGUACUUAGCCAACAAACUGUACUCUGUAGUAUCCCUGUCAAACAUGACACUGCCCAUGCAGAUCUACCUCCAGAUAAAACGCUGGGUGGGUUUAGGGCAGAAAAGAGCAGCUUCAAAUCGAUGCCAGUACACCAAUGCUGCCUUCAAAGCCAGGGCGGGUGAUAAGUUGCUGGUAGAUGGCUUCAACCAACCAGAUAUGUCCUCCAAGUCCAAGAGAUCUGUGACAAAACCAAGUAGAGGAACCAAGACAAAAGCUUUGCAACUACCCAGCCUGCAAGAGAAAAUGUGGGGACAUGAUUCAAAAGGUAGAACUGAUGGGGCGUUUAAAGAAAUCAGUGAGGAAGACAGCAGCUCAUGUAGGAGCAAGUUUUUACUCCCAUCAGUUACCAGGAAGAGUAUCAACGGGCCGGGGUUUGUUGGUGCGUCACCAAAUUCUUCUCAUCGUCUCACUGCAUCUCUGGAGCCCUUCUCUCACCUCUGUGGAUGGACACCCAGAGAAAACGCCGUCCACUGCCUGACCACUGCCAGCACCUUCACAGAGAAGCCUUGGCUGAAGCAGCUGAAAAUAGCACGGACCCUGAUCAGGAAACGUGUCCACUCAAAAGCACUCAUCUCCAGAUGGACAACAUGAACACUGAAGAGUCCUUUAGAGAGACAAGUGAGAAGUUUAUCUCAGGCUUGAUGUGACAUUAUAAAAUGAAACCUGUGUGAGACACUGAGUUCAUGCUCGUAGCUGAAUGUGCCUUCCAGUGCUCUUCACUGAACCAGAGAUUUGAUGGAUGCAGAUUUAUUUUCAUUGAACUUGUUUAGAGGAAGUGAUGAGUCAUGAUCACAAUACUGUGUUGACAAAAGUCCAAAUAAUGACAAGCCCUUUGAAGCAGUGUGAUGGUGUUACCUUAUAUCAUGGAGAUGACAUUUUAUAUUCAGGAAGAGUUGGAUGGA